CUAAAGCUGUCAAGUUUUGUACCAACUGUUCUUUACUGUAUUGUAAAGACUGUCUGGCUUCUUUUCAUCCCAUGAUGGGUGCUAUGAAGCGUCACCAGCUGGUUUCGUCCCUGGAGUAUCUUGCCCAGGAAACCACACAGCGACAAGUCAGUGUGGAUGAUCAAUCAACUCAGCAGCCGUCAUGCCCCAGACACGGUCGGUCAUUCGACUUGUACUGUGAACCGUGUCGAAUGGUGAUUUGUACGGGUUGUGUGGUUGAACAUGGGGGACACGCUAUGCGAGAUGUACCAUCUGCAGCUGAGAAAGACAAGCCAGCUGUUUUGAGCAGGAAUAGUGAACUGGAGAAGGUCUUACAAGAAACCAAAGAAUCACUGUCAGGAGUUAGGAGGCUGCAGAAUAAGAUACAGGAAAACCAGGAACUUCACACUCAGGAGGUCGAAAAGGCUUAUUGUGCAGCCUUGGAAGCUUUACAAGCCUGGAGGCAGCACUCCUUAGAUGGUAUAAAAACCCGCUAUUCACAGUGGUGUGUGGAGUGUAGCGCCCUUCUAAAAAAUGUCCAAAUACAGGCUCAGGAAAUCGAUAGGAUGGUACAGGCUUCCAAAAAUUUGUUAGCGUCAGUGGACGUCGAGUUUUUAAUGGGUUCCACGGACUUCACCAAAACAAUUGAUGACCAGCUGGAUGAAAUAAGAGCUGAUAUGGAGAAACAUGAGGUCAGCAGACAGAAGCUUCUAGAUUCUGUACAACAUGACCAAGUUGUUCCUAGACAGGUGACUGUGAAAGAAACAGUACAAGAACGUCAGGACUUAGAAGCAGCAGUCGGUGGGCAAAUGUCACCCCUACGUGUUACAAGUAGGUUCUUAUAUGUAUAAAAGGUAUACAGUAGGGUGUGCUCAGAUGACAUAAAUGACUAUAGGGUUUACAUUAGUAUGUGCAUCGAGGACACAAACAUAAAAUGGAGAAGGUGCACAGAUG